CUUCCCUCCCUCCCUCCCUCCCUCUCUCUGAUCUCUGUCAGUGUGUGUUUAUGCGUGUGCAUCCAUAUAUAUGAUACCAACUUAUCGCUGUUCACCAGCUGUGUCUUCUUCCAUGUCUCAUCAAAGCCAUAUUCAACCCUCUUCUUCAUCUUCUUAUCCUCCUGAUGACCCCCAUCAUGAUCAGUCACUGAAUCGCUUGCAAACUUCUUAUCACCAGGAUAUGAUCCCAGAUGCAGACCAGUGGAAGAAAGAGGAUAAGAAUGAUCAAGUUAAGGAAGGAUCAAGCAAGUGGAAGCCUUCAAAGAUGAGAAUGAUGGUUCGGGAACAAAGUAAGCAGAGGUUUGAAGAUCAUCAUCAUCAUCAGAAGCCCUUAUCAUCAUCAUCAUUAUCCUCAUCAACUGACCAUAAUAACAUGUGCAAUAGAGCUUGUUCCUCGGAUCAAACGUCUCAUAUCGGUGUUAGGGUUUGUGCUGAUUGCCAGACCACUAAGACCCCUCUCUGGAGGAGUGGACCAACAGGCCCUAAGUCACUUUGCAACGCGUGUGGAAUUCGGCAAAGGAAGGCGAGGCUUGCCAUGGCGGCGGCGGCUUCUGCUCCGGUGAGGGAAAACAAGGUACAGAAGAAACAGGAGAAGAAGCCGCUGUUGAAGAAGAAGAAGAAGAAGAAGCGAAAGCUUGGAGUAGUGAAGCCAUGUGGAGGUAGAAAGAAGCCUGUUUUGGAGGAUUUUGCUACGAGGUUGAGCAAGAGCUUGUCUGCGCAACAAGUUCUAUUCCCUCAGGACGAGAAGGAAGCUGCUAUUCUGCUCAUGGCUUUAUCUUGUGGUCUUGUUCGUGGAUAAGGUUUCUCGCUAUGCUGAAUUAUUUUCUCAUCAUUGUCUUUUUUUUCCUUGUUUUGUCUUAUUGGUGGCAUUAUUACAAUCAUUAAGUAUGUUGUUAUGUGAGUGUUUGCGG